AUGGCAGGAGCGCAGAAGCCGAGCACCGACAGCAGCACAACUGGUAGGGAAGACUACCUGAAAUAUGAUGACUUCUUUAUGGCUACAGCCGUCCUCGCCGCCAAAAGAAGCAAAGACCCAAAUACACAGGUGGGGGCGUGUAUAGUGAACCAGGAGAAGAAGAUUGUUGGCAUUGGGCACAAUGAUAUGCCCAAUGGCAUUGCGGAAGGCGAGCUGCCAUGGGCCAGGAAUGCGAAGGAUAAGACACAGCUUGACGCUAAAUACCUUUAUGUGUGCCAUGCAGAGCUGAAUGCCAUUGUGAACAAGAACAGUGCUGAUGUGAAAGGUUGCACCAUGUAUGUGACUUUUUUCCCCUGCAACGAGUGUGCCAAGCUCAUCAUCCAGUCCGGGAUAAAAGAUGUGGUCUAUUUUUCUGAUGCGUAUGCAGACCGGAAUGAGUUUAUAGCUUCCAGAAGGAUGCUCGACCUGGCAGGUGUAGUACUUAAGCCGUUCGAGACCGAGAUGACUUCUGAGAUUCGCAUUGAUAUAAAGCCAAAAGAGUAAACUGCAAACUGCUCACCUGAAUGAGGCGGGGACGUAGAGGGAGACUGACAAGAUUGAAAGAGACUUUGAUGCCUCUUUUCUGUAUGUCUUCCUGCCCCCUGCUUUGUUCAAAGGAAAACUCAAGGAUCGCUUGACAUUGGCAUUUUAAUUAACCUGAUAUUCAAGAAAGUGUAAAUUGAUGCUUGACUCUUUAUCGGUGGCUGGGGCAGGUCUUUCAAUGCUGCUUUUUUUUCUUUUAAAACUCCCU